UCUUUUAUAGCUUGAAAAAGUAGCUUCAAACCUCUUUUAGUUUUCCUCAAAGUUUGCCACCCCUGCAAUCUUGCUCAUUGCCCAAGGUAAGUCUUCUUUUGCUUUUGGCUGAUGAACUUCAGUCUCAAGGUUUUGUCUGUUGCAUUCCCCUGCCCAUCUGUCUCAUGAAUAUAGCCUUUGUCAGGGUUGGAAGGGCACAGAUACCCAUGGAGUCUUAAAUUACUGAAUUAUUUGCUUCUGAUCUGUGUGCCUCUGACUUCUUCUUCUUCUCAGCCUCCACCCUUCUUUGCUCAUAUCUAUAAUUAAGAAGAAAGAAAGGAAAGGGCCAAGCAGAGGGAUCUUAGAAGAAAGCAAGUGCUAGAAGUAGUCUAAGCUGCUGUUUCCUUACCAGCAACAAGAAGUCUGUGUCAAGCUGGUUUCAUGGGAGGAAUGGAAAGGUCAACAAAGAAGAAAACUAACAUGGGUCAUCUUGGAAUGGCACAUCAUAUAGUCCACCAGAAGAUUUCCAAUGAAAAUGACAGUCAUCAUUGCCAAACUUCUCAUGAGGUAGAAGAUCAUGGAAAUGAUGUCAUGAACAUGAUAACACCCCAAUCCUCAAGUGGGUCAAGAUGGAAUCCAACAGCAGACCAAGUCACAAUACUGAAAGAGCUAUACAGAUCAGGGAUGAGGACUCCUACUGCUGAGCAAAUACAGCAGAUCUCCUCACAACUCAGGCGCUAUGGAAAGAUAGAAGGGAAAAAUGUCUUCUACUGGUUUCAGAAUCACAAAGCUAGAGAAAGACAGAAAAGAAGGCGCUGUAAUAAUAACCUGCUUCAAAAGCCUGCAAUCGAUUCAGACACCUGGAUACCAGAAGAUGAUGAUCCUUCCCCUCAAUUGUAUGGAACUACAUCAUGCAGGGAAUCUCAUAACAGCAGGCCUCUCUAUGCAAAGGAAGUGGAGACUUCCCAGGGUUACAGAGAUGGUAUAAGCAAAUGGGUACAAGGAUUUGGUCAAGGAUUACAGUAUAAUCCUAUUAUGAACACUACCAACAAAACAGGGAGAAUUGAUGAGAAUAGAAGAAGUAUUCUGUUUGGAUCAAGUGGGUCUGAUUUGAAUAGCACAGGAACCUUCUCAAAACAAAGAGGGUUCAUCAUAGAAGAAAAAGAAAGUGAUAGUGGUGGAUAUGAGCCAGAGACUCUGCAACUUUUCCCUUUGCAGUAUGAAGGAAAAUGCCAUGACAAGCCAGCCCAACAAUACUGCAAUAAUUGCAACAAUAACUGCAGUUCAUGGUUGCAUGAAGACAAUGAUUAUUGUAGAAUGAAGGAUCCACUAGACCUCUCUCUUAGUUGUUGGGAAUAGCACUUAUGCAUCUCUAGAGAAUAUUUGAGGUGAGCUGCUCUUGAUCUGACAAUCAUGGAGUUGCAUCCUUAAUCAGUCCUGACAUAUGUAAGACUCUAUAAACUACAUCUGGUCACACCAUGAUGACUGUAUACUAUGAAAGAAUAGAUGCUGAUAACCUAUUGCACUUGAUUGUGUGCUGGUGGUUUAGUAUUCUCAAAGCGUGACUUUGUAAUGGUUAUGGGAAAUAUCAUUUCUUCACAAUCUGGGACAUAUUUUGGUCCA